GCAGGUAUAGGACUCUCUUCUGGGUGAUGUGACUUCCUGAUCACUACUUCACUGUUUCUACAUGGCCACGCCCCGGCUUUGAUGCAUCGACUCCUCCGCACUCCCUGCAACCAACUCACAGUCUGUGCAGGCCGCCCGCUCAGCAGCACGUCCCAGCGCAACAGAGUCUUUAACAUCUGCAGUGUGACGACAAGCAGCGAACAUGAACCUCAGUCUUCCUGACCAGAACAUGCACAGCUCAAUUGAAGGCUGCCUAGAGGACGACAAACCUGAGGUAAUUUUGCCCUGCUUCCGUAGAAACUUGUGUGAAGAGCCACUGGCCCCUUACUCAAACGGAUCCAUCAUAUCUCAGCUCCUCCGCAAGACGAUCCACAACAAAAGGGUGCUGGAUGAGAACCAUUUUUACUUCUCUGGUUCUGUGGCCACUGCUGACUGUGGCCAAGAGGAUCAGAGCAGCGUCUCCUCGAAAGACAGCACAGUAGAGGCCGUAUCCCCAAGUGAUCACACCUCUAGCGGAGCCAGCCCAGAAGGAGAGCAUCCUUUGACCGAUCACCUGCAGGCCAAGAGAGCCAGAGUGGAGAACAUUAUUAGAGUCAUGGCUGGUUCUCCCAACAGCAGGCAGCACUGUGACAGUGAGAGGUCUGACACAGACGCCCAAGAAACGAGGGAGGCUAGAGAAUCGUUCAGGGAGAACAAACGUAAGCAAAGGUUGCCUCAGCAUCAGGAUCACAGUACUGCAGGGUGGCAAAUUUACAGAAAACCUGGUAGGAGCAGCAGUGAUAGCUGUAACACCAAGGAAGAGGAAUGCCACAAGUUGAAGGAGCAGCUGCACAGCAUGCAAAGGCUUCUGCGUCAACUCCAGGAAAAGUUUCUGCAAGUUUACAGCCAAGAAGAUCCAGAAUAUGAGGCUGGAGAUGCAACAGGAGUUGACUCAGAGCAUGAUCUCCUACGAGAAGGCACAGAUGCGUGCUACAUAAACCCUGAAGAGCGUUUUGAGACAAACAACCGCACAGUAGCGGCAAACUGUAAAGACAGAAUGAAAGCAGCUUAUUACCUGGUUCACCAAAGAGAAACUCCGAACCUCCAGGAAACCCUGAAACAGGAGCUCUCAAAGGCUGUUAAUGAUUGCAUUGACAGGGUUUUUAAGAAUGUGUCCAAAGACAUGGACAUGUCCCCCCAGCAGUGUGUGUACUCAUCACCAGAGGUGCAGAUCAGCCUAGGUACAGACAGGAAGAGCUCACCCCCUGAUCACUCCCAAACUGAAGAGAUGCCUGCAAAAUCUGGAUCAUCAGAGUACUGCGAAAGCUCAGAGACUCAAACCUCACAGGACCAGACAGAAGCACUCUCCCUGGUUGUCCGCAAGCCCCCAGUGACCCAAGUUGGCUCGGUCACUCCAACAGUGAAAAGGCCUUACCCAAUGCACCAGAUGCCUUUCCAGUUCAGCUACACCCCCCCUCUCCACGAGAGCCACAUCCUGGAGCACCUUCUUAAGUAUGGACCACAUUCCAACUUUGGCGCUCUCCCCUGCAUGCCCCCGUCGAUGGACACGACCUCCCCAGACUCGGUGGACCUGUCCUGGGACGCUGUGGCCAUGAGAUCCAAGGUGACAUCCAGUCACUUUGGCCACCACCAUCACCGCUCCUCCAUGGGGACAGUGGCAGUUGAUGGUCUGUGUCUGCCCCAUGUCAAGAUGGAGAGCGGCGAACUGCAGAGCCUGGCUGAACGAAACCCCUACAUGUCUCUCAAUAUCCAGGAAGGCCUCACUCCGAGUCAUCUGAAGAAGGCGAAGCUCAUGUUCUUCUACACCCGCUAUCCUAGCUCCAAUGUGCUGAAAACCUUCUUCCCUGAUGUCAAGUUCAAUCGCUGCAUCACCUCUCAGCUGAUCAAGUGGUUCAGUAACUUCAGGGAAUUCUACUACAUCCAGAUGGAGAAGUUUGCACGCCAGGCCAUCGCUGAAGGCGUCCGCGAUGUCAAAGACAUUACAGUCAGCAGGGACUCUGAGCUCUUCCGGGCACUGAACAUGCACUACAACAAAGCCAACGAUUUUCAUGUUCCCAACAGGUUCCUUGAGGUCGCUGAAAUCACCCUGCAUGAGUUUUACAACGCCAUCUCUGCUGCCAAAGAUUCAGACUCCUCGUGGAAAAAGGCCAUUUACAAGGUGAUCUGUAAGCUGGACAGCGAAAUCCCAGAGGAGUUCAAGACAUCCUCCUACUUAUAGUUUGCAUUUUAGAAAAUUGUACAGAUGAAUAAGUUUGUGAUUUGACAUUUGACAGUAUUAGUAAAUUUCUUUUAGUGUAAUUUAGUGAGGUGAAAUAUAGAUUGAAAGAGAUUUUAAAAGAAAUGGAUCCCUAAUGUGAAAUUUUAUGCUCUGCUUUGUUAAAAUUAGAAAAUAAAAUAAAUAGUAUUUGCUUUCUUUUGUUUUGAUGAUUUGUGUGUUUGUAGGUGUGUAAAAAUACUGCAAAGAUGUAAUCAUUAUGUAGUUUUUCACCAGUCAUUAUGGAUAAUAGUUUGGUUGCAACAUUACUCCAAAGCUUAGUAUCUUGUGAAUAGAUACAUGCACUGCUGUUUUUCUGUUACAUUAUUUAUUAAUAUUCUGUGUGUACAUUAUUAUCCCAUCUGUUUAGUGUUAUAUUGAUUCAAUACACAAUAUGUGUGAAGGUAAAACUCUUGUCUUGUAAGGAACAAUCACAUUUCACAAACAGACAUUUCACUGGAUGAUUACAGAAAUUAAAGAUGCACUAAAUUAUAAA